AUGACAUUCGGUCAAGGACUUAACUCAGAAAGACUAAAUCGAGUAAUGACUAGUGCAGAAGCACUUGCGGUUGAAAGGCGGUCCCUUUCUAUUGAUUCUGUGCAUGUUUUGUUAGCUUUACUCCAGUCGUCCGAUGCAACCACCAAGAAAGUCUUGGGUAAUCUUCGUAGUGAGAUGGAAAAACGAGCUGAAGACUAUCUGCAGCAACAGCCUAAGAGUACGUCGCGUAUGGUUCUUCCCAGUGUAAAUUCGCAAGAACUCACUGGGGUGGUCGAAGCUGCAGCUAUUCUAGCACGAAAGGAGAACAGCGAGAUUGAAGAGACUCAUAUUCUACUCGGUGUUCUUCAGUGUGCCAAAAUCAAAGAGAUUCUCAAUGGUCUGAACAUUUCCCAACUGACUGAAAAACUCAAGUCCAAAGACGAACGUGGCAAACCUUCCCUGGAAGACUUUGCGGUUGAUAUGGUGCAGCAGGCCAGAGAUGGUUUGUUUGAUCCAGUAAUUGGCCGUGAUAAGGAAAUUCGGGCGGUUAUGGAAGUUCUAACUAAGAAGAUCAAAGCUAAUGCCAUGCUUUUAGGUGAGCCGGGUGUAGGUAAGACUGCUAUUGCUAAUGGACUAGCCCAGUUAAUUGCUUCGGGCCAAGCACCUGGAAUGGCCGAUUGUAGGUUGUACAAUGUGGAUUUAGGAGCGGUAGUAGCUGGUGCUAUGUACCAAGGACAGUUUGAGGAGCGGUUUAAGACCUUAAUUAAGGAGGCGGAAGAAUCUAACCGUCAGAUUAUUUUGUUUAUUGAUGAGAUUCAUAUGGUCUUAGGUGCUGGUAAGUCACAAGGUGCCAUGAAUGCAGCUAACUUGCUUAAGCCUAGUUUGGCUUCUGGGGCUAUCCGUUGCAUUGGUGCCACUACUUAUGGUGAGUAUAAACAGUACGUUGAAAAAGAUCCGGCUUUUGAAAGACGGUUUGUGCCCGUUAAUGUAGCAGAACCUUCCGUUGAAGAUACAGUGACUAUGUUGCGAGGUCUUCGUGAGAGAUUUGAGUCCUUCCAUGGGCUGAAUAUCUUGGAUGAAACCUUAGAAUGUGCCGCUGAAAUGGGAUCUCGCUACAUGACAGGUGGACACAUGCCGGAUACUGCAAUUACUCUACUGGAUGCAGCUUGUGCCUCGGUCAAGAUUUCACUGGAAAGUGAACCGUCUGAAGUCCUGGCUUUGAAAUCAAAGAUUUGGGCGGCUGAACUGGAAAGAGAGUCUAUCAAAUCUGAUCAAGCCCGAGACACCCAAGUGAAUAACGAUGAAAAGCUACAGAAGGUUGAGCAGAAGAUAGAAAAGCUUCGGGAAAGACUAGCUCCUAUUCAAGAAGAGUACGGACAGCGUAUGGCCCACAUUAUCAAGAGAAGGAAACUUCUUAAGAAACUGGAAGAGCUUAAGAUCAAAUUGGGCAAUGCUGAACGUGAGGGUAAUAGUACACUUGCUUACGACAUUAAGAAAUUCGCCAUUCCUGAUAUUGAAAACGAAAUCCGCUUGCUAGGUGAGACCGAUCAAAAGAUAUGCAUUCGUCCGGAGCAUAUUGCGCAAAUGGUAUCGAGUAUUACUGGUAUUCCAGCCACUCGCUUGACUCUUUCCGAGAAUCAGCGGCUACUCCAAAUGGAAGCCAGAUUACAACAACGCGUUAUUGGCCAGGACGAAGCUAUCCGUUCAUUGUCUGAUGCUAUUAUUCGUUCAAAAGCCGGAUUCUCUCGACCUAAUCGGCCGAUUGGCUCUUUCUUAUUCCUAGGCCCAACGGGAGUUGGUAAGACUCAGCUGGCUAAAUCGCUAGCCUUUGAGAUGUUUGAUGAUGAGAAAGCACUCGUGCGUUUGGAUAUGAGUGAGUUCUUGGAGGAACAUUCAAUUAGUCGGCUGAUUGGAGCGCCGCCUGGAUAUGUUGGUUACGAAACAGGCGGGUACUUGACUGAGAAGAUCAGAAACCGGCCCUACUCCAUUGUUCUGAUUGAUGAGAUUGAAAAGGCCCAUAAACGGGUUGUGAAUCUUUUCUUACAGGUUUUGGAUGAUGGGCGUUUGACUGAUAGUCAUGGUCGGACUGUAGACUUUACCAAUACUAUCGUGAUUAUGACAUCUAACAUUGGAUCGGCCCAAAUUCUUGAGGAUAGCAGCAAAGCUAAUAUUCUUAAUAUUCUUAAGGGGUACUUCCCGCCUGAAUUCCUCAACCGACUAGAUGGCGUUGAAAUCUUUGGAUCACUUCAAGCUGGACAACUAGCUAGAAUAGUUGACAUCUACACUAAUGAAAUCAAUGCACGUAUGCAAAAGAACCAAGUCGAGAUCGCUCUAACUGACAGUGCUAAGCAAAGAGUUAUGGACUCGGCUUACACGCCCGAAUACGGUGCUCGGCCCUUACAGCGUUAUAUUGAACGCACUAUCACUACAGAUGUUUCUAAGAUUUUCCUUGGUCUUCCUGAGAACCAAAGAAUCAUGCUAACUGUCACCCCCAAGGAGGAAGAAGUCUCGGUCGCUCCUAUUUUCAUUGGUGAUACCUUUGCCUACUACCCAAAUUCAGCCCAUUCCAUUACUACCGGCCAUGAUGAUUUCCAGUCCCGGAAGCGUAUAGCCCACUAA